AUGGAUAUUCCCAGGGUUCUGCUCUCGGCCGUCUUCCUCAUCAGUUUCCUGUGGGAUUUGCCUGGUUUCCAGCAGGCUUCCAUCUCAUCCUCUUCGUCCUCUGCCGAUCUGGGCUCCGCCAAGGGAAUGCGAAGCCGCAAGGAAGGGAAGAUGCCGCGGACGCCGCAGGAGAGUGCCACUCCACGGGCGUCCCCGGAGCUCCACGAGCCACAACCGCGGGCGCAGGAGGAGCCCCAGCGGCCGCCGCCGCCGCAGCCCCAGGCACAGGAGCCUCCGGGCAGGGGCCCACGCGUGGUGCCCCACGAGUACAUGCUGUCAAUCUACAGGACUUACUCCAUAGCGGAGAAACUGGGAGUAAAUGCCAGUUUUUUCCAGUCUUCCAAGUCGGCUAAUACGAUCACUAGCUUUGUAGACAGGGGACUAGACGAUCUCUCGCACACUGCUCUCCGGAGACAGAAGUAUUUGUUUGAUGUGUCCACGCUCUCAGACAAAGAAGAGCUGGUGGGCGCGGAGCUGCGGCUCUUUCGCCAGGCGCCCGCAUCGCCCUGGGGGCCGCCCGCCGGGCCGCUCCAUGUGCAGCUUUUCCCCUGCCUGUCGCCCCUGCUGCUGGACGCGCGGACCCUGGACCCGCAGGGGGCGCCCCAGGCCGGCUGGGAAGUCUUCGACGUGUGGCAGGGCCUGCGCCACCAGCCCUGGAAGCAGCUGUGCUUGGAGCUGCGGGUCUCGUGGGACGAGCCAGACGCUGGAGAGGCCGAGGCGCGCGCGCCAGGGUCCCAGCAGCCGCCCCCGGACCUGCGGAGUCUGGGCUUCGGCCGGAGAACGCGGCCCCCCCAGGAACGUGCCCUGCUAGUCGUGUUCACGAGAUCCCAGCGCAAGAACCUGUUCGCCGAAAUGCGCGAGCAGCUGGACUCGGCCGAGGCAGCUGGCCCCGGAGCGGGCGCCGAAGGGUCGUGGCCGCCGCCGUCGGGCGCCCCGGACGCCGGGCCUUGGCUGCCCUCACCCGGCCGCCGGCGGCGGCGCACGGCCUUCGCCAGCCGCCACGGCAAGCGGCACGGCAAGAAGUCGAGGCUGCGCUGCAGCAAGAAGCCCCUCCACGUCAACUUCAAAGAGCUGGGGUGGGACGACUGGAUUAUCGCACCCCUGGAGUACGAGGCCUACCACUGCGAAGGCGUGUGCGACUUCCCGCUGCGCUCGCACCUGGAGCCCACCAACCACGCUAUUAUCCAGACGCUGAUGAACUCCAUGGACCCCGGCUCCACCCCGCCCAGUUGCUGCGUGCCCACCAAAUUGACUCCCAUCAGCAUCCUGUACAUCGACGCGGGCAAUAACGUGGUCUACAAGCAGUACGAAGACAUGGUGGUGGAGUCAUGCGGCUGCAGGUAG